AUGGAUCCUGCCGUUGAUUCCCCUUCCUCUCUCCUCUGGGCCACUCAACUCCGCCAAGAAAACAUUCAACUCAACAAGAAAAUGAACGAACUCAAUUCCUUCCUCACCUCGGCCAUGGCCACUAUUGAUCACCUUAGACAGAGCAUUGACCUUCAGGCUGAGCACAUCGAGCAGCUAGAGAAACAACAAAAGCUAGAUAAGGAACAACUCAUUACAAACAUUCGCGAGUCCGACGCCAAGAUCGGGGCCCUAGAGGCGCAUAGCGGGAGAGAUAGCGGGGAAGACAACGACGAGCGUUACGAGGAAAUCAUCGAGCAGGUUCGCAAACUUGAACAGGCAAAUCGCGAAUUGACGGCUACCGUCACUGAGACGUCCGACAAGAUCAAUGCGCUACAAGCCGAGAAUGGGACGUUGAGAGUUGGGAUCGGUGAAACCCGUCAGAGGCUCGGCGCGCUUGAGAAGGAGAACGCUGCGCUGAAGCAAGAGAUUACUCGGGCUGAUGAGAACUUCGGCCUCUCCGAGCAGACGAAUGUGCCGCUGAACACGAAAGUCAUGGAUGUCCUUCAGCAAUUCGACCAGACUCGAACUGAGAAUGCGGAGCUGAAGGUGCAGAUUGGCGAAAUUGCUGGGAAAUGCGAUGUCUUGGAGACGGAGAAAGCGCAAUUGAAGCAGGAUCUCACGGGUCUCGCGCAGACACUUGAAAGGACUCAGUGUGAGAAUGGUGACUUGACGGGACGGGUCCGCCUGCUUGAAAACGGGGUUUCUCUGCUGGAGAAGCAGGCGGCUAAGUCCCAGAACUGGAUGUCUAUGAAGACCUUGGCUGCGGAUAGAGAUUCUAGAGCAACAAGCACAAAACCACGGCUAGUCCGAACCCAAACUGACCAGGACGGUGACCAAGAAAUGCGCAUCCCGGAUUCAAUGCCAACCCCAGCAUCGCGCCACUCAACUCGGGACAAAGCCUUAGACCGGACUACGUCAGAAACGACCUGGGGCUCACUGACCGAUCUUGACGCAUCUUGUACCCCCAAGCGAGGCGGUGUCACUGCUAGUCCUUCGAAAAAAGUCCUUGACGUGCAGGAAACACUCGCAUCGCUUAUCCAGGAUGGUCGGUCGCUGGGCGCGUACCUUCAAUAUGCGGUUUCUCUUAGGAAACGACCCCGUUUCACGAUACCGGAUGGGACUUAUAUCCCCGCUUUCAUGGCUGGGUUGAAGGAUGAGGGUCUGAAGAAGCGCUUAAAGGAGCAUACCCGUCGCGCUGGGGUUUCAUGGAGCAAUGUGUUGUCAUUUAUGGAGGCUGAAAUCGCCAAACUCGGGCAGGACCAGAAGGAUGAGGAACAGGUCGAUGAGGAUGUGAUGCGCACUCCGGUGAAACGAGACUCUGAGGGCUUGGGUCGUGGACCGUUUGGCUUUCGCAAGGAGAAUAGGCCGAGACGAUCUAUACCUAUUGUUCCGGUUGACGAGGAAGACGAGCAGCUCAUGACAUGA